UACCACCAAAUACCGCGUUUUCCACUUCAGAAGUUUUUAUAGUAAUUUCUACACCACUAAAGUCUCAUAAACAGACAAAAGUUCUCCAACCUCUUUGUUCUCUGCCCUCCUCCUGCUCCUCCUCCUCCUCUUCUUUGGUUGUAUUAGACAGCAGAAAUGGUGAUAAUUACCCUACUGUUAUUAGCAGUUUUAUUUGUUGCUGGCCUGGUUAACAUAUUCUUCCAUUUUCCCACCAAGAAGUUCUAUGCAUGGUUGCAAUAUAUUUCAGCAAACAAAUCUUCUUCACCCGUGAUCUCUACCGUCUCCCCACCUCCAGCCGCCUCCCAGAAAGAGAGGAGUACUACUGCUCACAAUAAGCCUGAGCUCAAAAAGAUCUUUGCCACCUUCGACAAGAAUGGUGAUGGAUUCAUAGCAAAGCAAGAGCUGCGGGAAUCACUCAAGAAUAUCAGAAUCUUCAUGACAGACAAAGAGGUUGAAGAGAUGGUCGUGAAAGUGGAUGCUAAUGGAGAUGGUUUGAUCGACUUUGAUGAGUUCUGCGUGCUGUGCGAGUCCAUGGUUGGUCAGGAGGGAGAGAAUGAGGGAGAUGAUCAGGCAGCAACAGGUUUAGAAACUGAAGGUGGAGAAGAGGAUUUAAAGGAGGCUUUUGGUGUGUUUGAUAAAGAUAGAGAUGGCUUAAUUACAGUAGAGGAGUUGCGUUUGGUGCUUUCUUCUUUGGGGUUAAAGGAAGGGAAGAAGGUGGAAGAUUGCAAGGAGAUGAUUAGGAAGGUUGAUAUGGAUGGGGAUGGCAUGGUUAAUUUUGACGAGUUUAAGAAGAUGAUGAAAGGUGGAGGCCGGAGGCUUCUCUUAGCCUAGCCUAGCUCCUAAUUCUCUCUAGGCUUUUUCCUAACUAGAUCUAUAUAUUAAGCCCUCGAUCCUCUCUUUCACUUUGGUGGUGCAUGCAAACAAGUUGUUUCAUCCUCCAACCAUUUUUCCUAGAAGAUGUUCAUUUCGAUCUCAAGUACAUGGAGAAGAACGUACGUCAUCUAUAUGCCUGUAUAUAUGUAGAUCUUCAAGUAUAUAUGUACGUAGUUUCUCUCUACCUGACAGAAAAGGGUAUGCAGUAUUUCUUUUUCUUUUUUUCUUUUUCAUGAUCUGAAAGAUGUGACAAUCUAUAUAUGAAAAGAGGUUAGCCCUCCCAACAUGUACAGACUUCCCUUGACUAGAUGAAGCUAAGGUGAGAGAGUAAUAUUCUGAGCUCCCGGCGUAUACCCUGAUCCGAGCAUUCUAGUAGCUGGCUUAGUCAAUUUAUGUACAGUUCUGUUCUGCCCUGAGAAAAGGAAAAUGUAUGUAAAUUUCAACUGUACGAACCUUUUUGUUUCUUCUUUUGUUUCUUAUAUGCCUGUAGUGUUGGUUCUUCGAGCAGUUUGAAGACUUGGACUAGUCCACAUUUACCACCAA